AUGUCAAUAAAUAAUUUAAGUUGGGAAUAAGUAGAAAAUCCUUCUAAAACAAAAUUUAAACAACUUUAUUUAAAUAAAUAUAGAAUUAAACUAGGUUUAUUUUCAAAUCAUAAAGAAUAAUUGCCAAAAUCAGUACUUAUAUUAAGUAAUUCUUUAGAAACCCAAACAUAGAAAUAUUUCAAUUAAAGAAUUAGAUCAUCUCAUUAAACCUGA